GCGGCGGUCGGAGGGUCCCGCGCCCCGCACGCCGGCCUGGCCCGGCCCGCAGCGAGCAUGGGCGCGGCGGCCGUGCGCUGGCAUUUGUGCGUGCUGCUCGCUCUGGGCUCGCGCGGGCGGCUGGCCGGGGGCAGCGGGCUCCCAGGCGCGGUCGACGUGGACGAGUGCUCCGAGGGCACAGAUGACUGCCACAUUGAUGCCAUCUGCCAGAACACACCCAAGUCCUACAAGUGCCUCUGCAAGCCAGGCUACAAGGGGGAAGGGAGGCAGUGUGAAGACAUUGACGAGUGUGAGAAUGACUCUUACAACGGAGGCUGUGUGCACGAGUGCAUCAACAUCCCGGGGAACUACAGGUGCACCUGCUUUGACGGCUUCAUGCUGGCGCACGACGGACACAACUGCCUGGACGUGGAUGAAUGCCAGGACAACAACGGUGGCUGCCAGCAGAUCUGUGUCAACACCAUGGGCAGCUAUGAGUGUCAGUGCCACAGUGGCUUUUUCCUCAGUGACAACCAGCACACCUGUAUCCACCGCUCCAAUGAGGGUAUGAACUGCAUGAACAAAGACCAUGGCUGUGCCCACAUCUGCCGGGAGACACCCAAAGGUGGGGUGGCCUGUGACUGCAGGCCCGGCUUUGACCUUGCCCCAAACCAGAAGGACUGCACACUAACCUGUAACUAUGGAAACGGAGGCUGCCAGCACAGCUGUGAAGACACAGACACGGGCCCCAUGUGUGGCUGCCACCAGAAGUAUGCCCUCCACUCUGACGGCCGGACGUGCAUCGAGAAGGAUGAGGCUGCAAUUGAGCGCUCUGAGUUCAGUGCCACGUCAGUAGCUGAUGUGGACAAGCGGGUGAAACGGCGGCUCCUCAUGGAGACAUGUGCGGUAAAUAACGGAGGCUGUGACCGGACGUGCAAGGACACUGCCACUGGCGUGCGAUGCAGCUGCCCCAUCGGAUUCACACUGCAGCCAGAUGGGAAGACGUGCAAAGACAUCAAUGAGUGCCUGGUCAACAACGGCGGCUGCGACCACUUCUGCCGCAACACUGUGGGCAGCUUCGAGUGCAGCUGCCGCAAGGGCUACAAACUGCUGACGGACGAGCGCACGUGCCAAGACAUCGACGAGUGCUCCUUCGAACGGACCUGUGACCACGUCUGCAUCAACUCUCCAGGGAGCUUCCAAUGCCUGUGUCACCGCGGCUACACGCUCUAUGGGACCACUCACUGCGGAGAUGUGGACGAGUGCAGCAUAAGCAAUGGGCACUGCGAUCAGAGCUGUGUCAACACCAAGGGCAGCUACGAGUGCGUGUGCCCGCCAGGCAGGCGGCUGCACUGGAACCGGAAGGACUGCGUGGAGACCGGCAAGUGCCUCUCCCGGGCCCAGGCCUCCGCGCAGGCCCAGCUGUCCUGCAGUAAGGUGGGCGGCGUGGAGAGCUGCUUCCUUUCCUGCGUGGCCCACACCCUCUUCGUGCCAGACUCGGAGAACAGCUACAUCCUGAGCUGCGGCGUUCCAGGUCUCCAGGGCAGGACGCAGCCCAAGCACAAUGGCACCAGCUCUGGCAGCGGGCCCAGCUGCUCAGAUGCCUCCACUGCCCCCAUCAAGCAGAAGGCCCGCUUCAAGACCAGAGAUGCCAAGUGCCACCUCCGGCCCCGCAGUCGGGAGCGAGCAAAGGAAACCCAGAGGCAGCCCCUGCUGGACAACUGCCACGUGACUUCUGUGACCCUCAAGUGUGACUCCUCCAAGAAGAGGCGCCGAGGCCGCAAAUCCCCUUCCAAGGAGGUGUCUCAUGUCACAGCAGAGUUCGAGGUGGAGCUGAAGAUGGAGGAGGCCUCAGAGGCCUGCGAUGAGGACUGCAUCCGGAAGCAGGCCGAGCAGAGCUUGCAGGCUGCCAUCAAGACCCUGCGGAAGGCCAUCAGCCGGCAGCAGUUCUACGUCCAGAUCUCGGGCACAGAGUACGAGGUGGCCCAGAGGCCAGCCAAGGCCCCGGAGGGCCCAGGGACCUGUGGCACAGGCCAGGCGCUCCAGGACAGCAGAUGUGCGGCCUGCGGACCAGGUACCUACUUCAGCGGUGAGCAGGGCCAGUGUGUGCCGUGCUCGUCGGGGACCUACCAGGACCUACAGGGCCAGCUCAGUUGUACCCCAUGCCCCAGCAGUGAUGGACUUGGCCUGGCCGGUGCCCGCAACGUAUCUCAGUGCGGAGGCCAGUGCUCUCCGGGCUCCUUCUCAGUCGAUGGCUUCAAGCCGUGCCAGGCCUGUCCCCUGGGCACCUACCAGCCCGAGCCUGGGCGCACCCGCUGUUUCCCCUGUGGUGGGGGGCUGCUCACCAAGCACGAGGGUGCUGCCUCCUUCCAGGACUGCGAGGCCAAAGUGCACUGUUCCCCCGGCCACCACUACAACACGAGCACGCAUCGCUGCAUCCGCUGCCCUGUGGGCACCUACCAGCCCGAAUUCAGCCAGAACCACUGUAUCACCUGCCCAGGCAACACCAGCACCGACUUCGACGGCUCCACCAAUGUCACCCACUGCAAAAACCAGCACUGCGGUGGUGAGCUUGGUGAUUACACGGGCUACAUCGAGUCCCCCAACUACCCCGGCGACUACCCAGCCAACACCGAGUGCGUGUGGCACAUUGCGCCACCCCCCAAGCGCCGGAUCCUCAUCGUGGUCCCUGAGAUCUUCCUGCCUAUUGAGGAUGAGUGCGGUGAUGUCCUAGUCAUGAGGAAGAGUGCCUCUCCCACAUCCAUCACCACCUAUGAGACUUGCCAGACCUACGAAAGACCCAUCGCCUUCACCUCCCGAUCCCGGAAGCUCUGGAUCCAGUUCAAAUCCAAUGAGGGCAACAGUGGAAAAGGCUUCCAAGUUCCCUAUGUCACCUAUGAUGAGGACUACCAGCAACUAAUCGAAGAUAUUGUCCGUGAUGGGCGCCUGUAUGCCUCUGAGAAUCACCAGGAAAUCUUGAAAGACAAGAAGUUGAUCAAGGCUCUGUUCGACGUGCUGGCGCACCCCCAGAACUACUUCAAGUACACGGCCCAGGAGUCCAAGGAGAUGUUCCCUCGCUCCUUCAUCAAGCUGCUGCGCUCCAAAGUGUCCCGGUUCCUGCGGCCCUACAAGUAACGCUCAGCACUGUCUGCAGGGACGGCGAGGAGGAGGGAGGGCUCCCUUCCCUCCAAGGAAGAGCAGAAGGUGGCCCCUUGGGCCUCUGUGUCACCUUGGGAACCCCGUGACGUGUGCCCCUCAGGAAAGCCAUGGCAGGCUGGCACGGAGCCCGGGCCUCCCUCGGAUCUGCCGUCCCGGGGGGAACACUUUGCUCCAGGACGCUUGUGUCCCCCCUUUCGCCUCUUCAUUUCCCAGGACACCAAGAGCACCAUCUCCUGAGCAGCCGGCAGGAUGCUGACCCCAUGGGUGACCAGAGAGUGCGUGCCCUACACGUGACAUUUCUGGAGACAAGAAUGCGGCCUGUGCUCUCCCUGGGACGCUGGAGAAGGCAGGGGCUGACGUCACCACACAGGAAGGACGGCCAGGGAAGGAAGAGCAAGGAGCUGAGGCAUCGGGGUUGACGAGCCUGCGUUGAUGGCGACCCCCCUGGGGCUGCCACAUCCUGCAGGCUCCUCUGGCCACAGGCACGGGACACAGUCGGUGCCUGGUCAUUGGGCUCUAAGGACGCUGUGAUAGACAGAGCAGAGCUGCACAGGGAGAAAUAGCUUUCUCUUGAUAGGACAUCUAAUUAAGUACUAUAUACAUAAAUAUAAAUAUAAGAUUAUAUAUAUAUAUAUAUAUACUGCUAUUUGUGGGGACCCUAGGAGAAUGCUCCUUAGGGACCGGCAAUAUGGGUCACCACUGCCUGCCUGCCUGGAGGAUUAAGCUGCACCUCCUGUGACUGCCACCUCCCACGAGUGCAGGGAGAGCCAGGCUGGACCAGCAGUGCCUCCACAUGUGCACACUUGGGACCCGGGCUUGGGUGCUGUUGGAGUAUCAACCCCACCCCACAUCCCUCAUCACUGCCCUCGGUGCGACCCCAUGGACAGCAGCCUCUCCGAGCCACGAACUUCAGAAGGGGCCUGAGGCCCAGCACUGGUGACGUCCCUGAGUUCCGUGCUGUGCCCACGAAUCACCCAGAAAUGAGAUCUUUCUCAAGGAGGCAUAGGCUGUGCUGACUGGGGACCUUGGAUCAGCGACCAGAAGGGGGACAAGGCUGGGCACAGACUCCUUUCUGCCACACCGCACUGCCUGCCUGAGUCCCUUCGGACUCAAGAAGUCUGAGUGUGACCAGGAACUGAGCACCUGGGACACAGCCGGGUGAGACCAGUGACAUCCCAAGCUCUGCAAGUCCUCACUGCUUGGCCUCCUGUCUGCUGCCAUCUGUUCAAUGCGUGUAAGAAAUAAGCGUGUAUGUUUCAGGUUAACAAAUAUUAAAAUGAAUUCCAGCCCCCAAUUCUAAGCA